GCCCGAUGUACGACUGCGUCCUGCCUUAGGUGGCUUCACCUCCUGUGGGCCUCUGAAUUCUCAGUUCGGGUGUUUGGAAGUGCCUCCUUUUUGACCCUACGCCAUGGGAGUGACUUGUGUGUCCCAGAUGCCUGUGGCUGAGGGCAAGAGUGUCCAGCAGACGGUGGAGCUCCUUACCAGGAAAUUGGAGAUGCUCGGGGCAGAGAAACAAGGGACGUUUUGUGUGGACUGUGAGACUUACCACACAGCUGCCUCUACCCUGGGCAGCCAAGGCCAGGCCGGGAAGCUGAUGUACGUGAUGCAUAACUCUGAGUACCCCCUGAGCUGCUUUGCCCUCUUUGAGAAUGGCCCUUGCCUUAGUGCUGACACCAACUUCGAUGUGCUCAUGGUGAAGCUCAAGGGCUUUUUCCAGAGUGCUAAGGCCAGCAAGAUUGAGACCCGGGGUACUCGCUACCAGUAUUGUGACUUCCUGGUGAAGGUGGGCACGGUCACAAUGGGGCCUAGUGCCCGUGGCAUCUCGGUGGAGGUGGAGUAUGGCCCUUGUGUGGUGGCUAGUGACUGCUGGAGCCUCCUGCUUGAGUUCCUACAGAGUUUUCUAGGUAGCCACACACCAGGGGCCCCCACAGUAUUUGGGAACAGACAUGAUGCUGUAUAUGGACCAGCAGAUACCAUGGUACAGUACAUGGAACUCUUCAACAAGAUCCGAAAACAGCAGCAAGUGCCAGUGGCUGGGAUCCGCUAGUGACUGGCAGCUGUCCACCUGCUGAGCUGUCACCUGGGUACUUCCCAGGAGGAGCAGGCUUCUAGGCCUCUGCCCACAGCUGGUUCCCAGCUGUAGCUUGUGUUCUGGGGCUCUGAACUCCCCUCCUGACCCCGUCACAGCUGUUUUUUACUUCCUCCCUUAACUGGAUUUGGCUUGUCCUCAACAAUGGUAACUGUGAAGGGUGGAGAAACUUGGGCCUUCCUGCUGUGGGGUAAAGGUAGGACAGGGUUGUUCCUGCCAGCCCUGAAGGGGAAACCAGUAUGUGUCUCCAGAUCCUGAGGGUUUGGUAUCAGCCACACUGCUCUGAGAAUCCCCGCUCUCCCCUUUUGCUUGAUGACGUGGCUGGCCUCCCCUGGAGAUGGAUGGGUGGCACGACUGGAUUGCUCUCGCUUUCUGACCUGUUGGCUGCGGUGAUUUGAGAACAGAACUGAGUCUGCUCAAGUGUUGGUUUCAUCCUUUGAACUCUUUAGAUUCCCUUUCUGUUUUGAAUAGUAUGACCCUAUAGGCUAAGCUGCUGUCAAAACCAAAGCAUGGGGCUCUUACUGCACAUUGUUUUUCUUACCUAAUAGCUCAGAGGCAGUCAGUUCCACAGGGCAGAAGUAACUCUAGGGUUAGCACAAUUAGGCUUCUUAUGUCUUGUUGUUCAGGCACUGCCAUACUGGUUUGCUACCACAGGAUCUAAGCACACUCAUUAGCUCCGUAUCACUUCUAGAAGAGAGAGAGAAGGGUGGUUUCCUUCCAGCAUUGCUCAGAUCUCUGCAGACAGGCUUUUCUGACACUCAGCACGGCUUUGUUAGGGUUGUCUUGUCACACUUGAGUGUGCCUUGAAGUUAUUCAUUGACACGGUUGCUCACCUCCCUCUUACCUGCUACAGAAACAGUUAGCCAGGCUAGUAUUUGAGAUACACGUAGAUAGGCUUGGCAAAUUGCUAAUAUACCAAGUGUAGCAUGUCCCUGAGGAGUCUGCUCAGAGGACAUGUUUCUGCAGCAGCUGUGAGGCACUGCUCAUGUGUGCCCUGCUAUUGACUGCGGGGAAGCUCAGCAUCCCUUCCUGGCUGUAGGAUCUGCUAUCCACAUCGGUUACUGUUACUUCUUGCUUUUGUUGUUAAUGUUUGUUUAUUUUAUUUUUGUACUUUAAAAAUUGAGAUAUGUUUUAGAUAUCACAAUAAAAUCUAUAAAUA